AUUCCACACCUCAGAUAAAUGAAGAAGAUGAGGAUAGUAGUGAUGAAGUUAAAACCCAAAAUACGGUCAACAAGCUUUAUGAAUACUUGGAUGCUGAAUUAAAUAUACCCCCUAAACCUAAACCAAAACAUUAUAAUAGAUCUGGAUCACCCAAGCGUUCAAAGCUUAAUCCUCCAAGUACUCCAAACAGAGCACCCGACACUACUACCGAUAUUAAACUGGGAAAUAAACGAUUUAAACCAUCAUUUGAUAUGGAUGACUUGGAAAGAAACCUUGGUGAUAAUAUAGAAACCUUGGAUUUCAGUGAUUUACUAAACAGUUUACCUCAUCAAAAAGUCCAGGGGAAGUCCACCUUGAAAAGUUCCAAGAAACGACCAGCAGCAGAAUAUUCCGAUGGAUCUUCCAAAGCGGAAACCUUACACACUCCAUUAAAUAAAACGACAAUUCAUGCCCAUGUACCUAAAACCACCAAAUUAACAAUGCUUGAUUUGCAUGCUUCACCUGCCGUUCAUUCAUUCUCGCCGCCAAAUCCACCAAAUCCAGUACUAGAUCCCCAGAUAAGUGCACAUGGAUGGCAACAAUACAUCAAUUCAAUAAAGAGGUAUCAAGAAGAAUUCCUAGAGUAUAAAAGGUUAAUUGUCCAGUAUCAAAUUGAACGAACAAAUAGAGAUGUUGAACAUUUUGAUUUGAUCAAUACAAAUGAGAAUAUGGAUGUUUAUACAAGAUGUCUUCAACGUGAUUUGGAAGUUAAUAGAGAGUUUACGGAAGCACUUCGGGUAUUCACUAAUACCAUGUGUGUUUAUAAACAAAACUGUGAUUGGAUGAGAAUGAUAAAACUGGAUACAUAUGGGAAAGUAUAAAUAUAUAUAUAUAGCAGUCAUUAAAAGUAAGAGGAUUUUUCUUCAAAUGUAGAUACAUAGAACUAUUCCUAAGUCGAAUAAUACAAUACAUCUUUU